UACAACAGGGCGGCUCGAUUACCGGUAGACCCCGUCAGUCCUCUGUCAGGGCCGAUGACAGCUGCAGCGCAAGGCAGCUAGCCUUGCAACCUGGAUAAUUUCCUCGAGAAAGGACUUCCGGAUGGUUGCCAACCAGAUUUUUUAUUAUUGGAUUACCGAGCAUCAGCCGCCAGCCGCAGCGUUAUCCUCACAAACCAGAGAGAGAGAGAGAGAGAGAGAGAGAGAUUCGUUCCACUGGACAGGGAGGAGUCUCUGUUUUUCCACCGUUAGCUGAAGCCAGGCCAGCAUGUUUUAACAGCUACACCUGCAGAAAGGCUGAAGCAGCGUAUUGGACCUAAAUGUGCUCUUAGAGAAAUAAUGUUUGAGUGGGAUUUAAAGGGCCUUUAUGGACUGGACAUGUGAAUAUUAGUGACUAACAUCACAGGUCAGACAAGGAUGGACGUGAGUGCUGGCAGGGACAGCACCUGGAGGAGAACAACAGCAGCUGAUGAUGAGGAUGGUGGUGACGAUGGAGGAGGAGGAGGAGGCAUGGAGGUUCAUGUUGUACCACUGGAGCUCUACGACUCUGCAAGGGCCAAAAUAGAAGCAAAUCUCCGCUGGUUGUUUGCCAAAGCCUACGGUACAGAUCACAUCCCUGUUGAUCUUCGAGACCCCUUCUAUACAGACCAGUAUGAGCAAGAACACAUCAAGCCCCCCAUCAUCCACCUGCUGCUGUCUGGAGAGCUCUACUGUCAUGUGUAUGGGCUCAUCCUUCAUGCUGAGCAGGCUGCCUCCCUCCAAAGCCACCAGUCUGUCAUCCAAGCCUUGUCCAGAAGAGGCAUCUAUGUCCUGGAGAACAACACCACGCCAGUGUCUGAUCUGGAUCUCAGCUCGUCUCCUAUUAAAAUGAGCUCCCACAUCCACCUCAUCGAUGCCCUGAUGAUGGCCUACACGGCGGAGAUGAUCAGCGUAGAGAAGGUGGUGUCCAGUGUCAAGCGCUUCUCAAACAUCAGCGCGUCCAAGGAGCUCCCAUAUGGCCUGGAAGAGUCAGAGGUCUUUUGGAUUAAUAAGGUUAACAUUAAGAUGAGGGAGCUCACGGAAAAGGAGUGCAAGCUGAAGCAACACCUGCUGGAGUCGCCCAGUCACCACAAACCUGAUUUAUUGCAUGCUCUGGCCCAUUGCUUAUUGGAGCCUAUGGAGUUCUCUCGUGUGGUUCGGUACCGCAGAGAUCAUCUGUCAGGUCGCACGCUGCAACACUUCCCCCUGUUGGACGACCUGUUGAAGGAUGUGUGUGACGGAGCAGCUCUGUUAGCUGUGAUCCACUUCUACUGCCCAGAUGUCAUUAGACUGGAAGAUAUCUGCCUGAAAGAGGUUCCCUCUAUAGCUGAAAGUGUGUACAACAUCCAGCUGCUGAGAGAGUUCUCCAAUGAAUAUUUAAACAAAUGUUUCCAUCUGAAGCCCGAGGACCUGCUGUACUCUCCGCCAGCGUUAAAGAAUAAUGUCAUGGUCUUCAUUGCUGAGCUUUUCUGGUGGUUUGAGAACGUGAAGCCAGACUUUGUCCAGCCCAGAGACCUUCAGGAAAUCAAAGAUGUGAGACUUUUGCUCCAGCCCAAAAGCUCUCGAUCUUAUGCACUCCCCUCAAACGUUACCAAACGUCAUUUCCUGCCAUCUUCCCACUCGGAGGAUAUCUUAACCACAAACACAAGCACCGACCUCAGCAUUAAAACACCUUCUUCCAUCUCAUCUCACUCGUUGCUGCCCCUGAGGCAGAGACCGCAGAGGAUGGCUGAAGAGGGCACUUCAGAGUUGAGGAACAGAUCACACCCUGUGCCGCGAUCAGAUGGGCAACAUCAGGACUCCAUAUUGGCAUGGCCAGAGAGAAGGGCGAGGCCUUUAUCCCAGCCAGCGCCCUACGCUCUGCAUUUUGCAAAAGAGGAUGAAUCAGACAGCAUCAGCAUCGCUCGAUCCAUCAGCAAAGACAGCUUAGCCUCUAACAUCAUGAGCAUUACCCCCAAACACAUGCUGGAGUCAGCGCUGCCUCAGCACAGACUCAGUGGCCAAAGUCUGCUUAGUCACAUGUGCAUAGAAGAUGAAGAGGAGGUGAUAGAGGAGGAGGAACUCGUUUCUGUCAUCCACCCUGCUACAUUUUCUCGACACAGAGUCAAAAGUGAAAUGGAGCAGGAUGAGCUGGAAAUGCACAAUUUAAACUUAUCCUCUGUAGGCUCGAAAACAUUUCGUGUUCUACCCCAUGACUCAGGUCCCUUUGCUUUGGACCACCAGGCAGACAGCUACUAUCUGGAGCCUUUGAUACCCGCUGUCCCCAAACGAGCCAAAGAGAAGAUCAUCACUGUGAACAAGCAGGAGGAAAGUGGCGAGGGACGCUUUAGAGGAGCAGAGGCUGGUAGGAAAGCUACAGCCAAUAUCCCUAACACCUCCAAGAGGAAAGCUCAUGUAGUUGAGUCAAACAGAAGUACCGGUGCGCCGAAACCUGUGGAUGAAUCAGGGCUCAACUCAGAAGGCAUUUCUCACUCUGGAAAAAUACAUUCUCCAGGUUUUUUCCUUCAUUUGUCAGGGGAAGCAGGUUCCUUCACCCCUCCGCCCGAAGCAGGGCAUGACUCUGACUCCGACAUCGCGGACCUCGAGGAGGACGAAGACGAGCAGACAGAUCCAGCUAAAGAGGCCGCGAUGACAGGAAGGGGAGAGUGUUUAGAGAAGGAAUGCUUGCCUGAACUGGGAGACGGAGAAUCGGACAAACUCAGAGAGGACUUGAAGGUGACGGAAAGGGACGAUAAAGAAGAUGCCAGCGGACGCUCGAGUCCUUGCCCGAGCACCGUGUCAUGGGCGAGCAGCUGCAGCGCCUCGGGCAGCGCGGGCGUCAAGAUGACCAGCUUUGCAGAACGAAAGCUCCUCAAGCUGGGCCUACGCGAUGGAUACUCCAGCACCAGCAGCUCUCAGAAGACCACGCCAGACGGCUCGGAGUUUGCCCCUCAGUGGCUGGGGAAGGACACGAUGGUUUGUCCGUCAGCCGUACCUUCAGAGCUGCUUCAGCUACACAUGCAGCUGGAGGAGCAAAGGCGUGCGAUAGAGUACCAGAAGAAGAAAAUGGAGGCCUUGUCAGCCAGGCAGAGACUAAAACUUGGAAAAGCUGCGUUCCUGAACAUCGUUAAGAAGGGUGAAGGAAAGUGCGACACACUUCCUUUACCACCAAAACACUCCCUGGAUCCUUCUGGAUCAGCAGCUAGCAGGAGGAAAGUUAAGAUCCAGUCGUGCAAGGAUGAUUCCUGUCUAGAUGCCCUGAAAGAUCAAACAGAGGGACAGCAGAUGAACAAAGACAACAGGUGGAACCCUUUGUCCCAGAACAAGAGCUCUGAACCUGAUGUAAAUGAGUGUUCCCACUCUAUAGAUCUACUUAAUCAAGCUAUUAGUUCCAUUCAGCAGCAGAUGAUGCAGCUCUCCUUACAGCAAAACCUGCUGAUGAAGCAGAGCGCGGUCUCACCUCAGGAGCCGACGCACACAGUCCAAAGCACAACCCCAGACGCUACACAAACAACACCCUCUACCUCAGACUCCAGAUCUUUCGCGGCCCACUUUGUAGACAUCAGCGGCAGCGAUUCUCUCCCCGCCCGUCGCCCCCCAAAGCUCAGCUCCAGCCAACGCAGCAAAGCAGCAGAGCAGAAAAAGAGCAAAGAAAACACGAAAUCAGCCGCCGCCGGCGUCCCUUCUCCGGACGGCCGGCCUUCUCCUAAAAAGGCUACCGAUGGAGAGUACGGGACGGGGCGCGCCGCCGAGGGCUGCAAAACUGAGAGAAACAUUCUGAGGAAUGCCACUUUUAGAGUUCAUGAAAACACCACAGAGGGAGGUGGGAACCUCUCAGGCAAAUCCAAGUUACAAGAACCACCGGUCAUCAACAACACACCAGAAUCUUCAGCGGAGGAUGCUGAGGAAGAAGAGAAAAAAGCUUCCGACUCGAGCAAUGAGAUUCUCAGCGUCGAUGAAAGUGCUAGGCUCAGGGGUCAGCUGAUUGAGGUGGACUUGUCCGAGCUUAAAGACCCACUGGAGGCUGGCAGCGCGGAUGUGAGAGACAGCACUGCCGACGUCGAGCAGAAGAGCGUGCUGGGCUUCUUCUUUAAGGACGACGAGAAAGCAGAGGACGAAAUGGCCAAGCGUCGCGCCGCCUUCCUCCUCAAACAGCAGCGCAAAGCCGAGGAGGCCCGACUUCGGAAACAGCAGCAAGAAGCGGAGAGCGAGCUCAAACGUGACGAGGCUCGGCGUAAAGCGGAGGAGGAUCGCAUUCGCAAGGAGGAGGAGAAGGCGCGGCGGGAGCUGAUUAAACAGGAGUACUUACGGAGGAAGCAGCAAGCACUGAUGGAAGAGCAGGGUUUGGUUAAACCUCGCACCAGGACCAAACCUCGCAGAAACAGACCCAAAUCCCUGCACCGUGAAGAAUCCGGCAGCUUCUCCAAAGGAUCCAACACACCUGAUCUGAGUCACCGAGGAUCGACGCUGUCUUUGGCGACAGAUGCAGACAGCGUUGUUUCUGGAGGGGCGGAGUCAAACAGGGCUGCCUCUGUGUGCUCCAUGGAAUCGUUCCCCGUUCUGAGCAGGACCUCCAGCAGGAACAUGGAGCGGGACUGGGAGAACGGCUCCAUAGCCUCGUCCAUCACUUCAACUGAGUACAAUGGUCCUAAACUUUUCAAGGAACCGAGCUCUAAAUCGAACAAACCGAUCAUCAUCAAUGCCAUCGCCCAUUGCUGCCUUGCUGGAAAAGUUAAUGAGGUCCAGAAGAAUGUAGUUCUUGAGGAGUUAGAAAAGUGUGAAUCCAACCACCUGAUCAUCCUCUUCCGUGACGGCGGGUGCCAGUUUCGUGCCAUUUACUCUUACUCACCAGACACCGAGGAGAUCAUCAAGUUCACAGGCACGGGCCCACGCGCCAUCGGCCGGAAGAUGAUCGACAAGCUUUACAAAUACAACUCGGACCGCAAGCAGUUCACCGUCAUCCCUGCCAAGUCUGUGUCGGUCAGCGUGGACGCUCUGACCAUCCACAAUCACCUGUGGCAGGUCAGGAGACCGGGGAGUGCACGUCGGAAGUGAGCAAGAUAGAAAACUUGUAACGAUUAAGCGACUAAAGGGCAGGACCCAAAACUCUUAGUGGACACUGAGAGCUUAUUGAGGAGAGAGUUCUAUGAUCUGUGUCAGUGUGAGUAUAUUCAGUAUGAAACACCAAACAACACAGUGUACUCAGUCCUUUCAUCCAGUCACUGGUUUAUUCUGCAUGUCACACUUCAGUAUUUUAAUUUGUAGAUGUUUCCUACAUCAGCUACACACUGCUGUUUCAUUUAGUUUUUAUUUUUUCAUGUAGGAGGAAAGAGAAACUAAACUAGGGAGUGAAUUACAGCUGAUUCUCUUUAAAGUAGCAAACAUUCUACUGACACUAAGUGCAAAUAAAUAUGAGCAUCCAUGUGCGAGUUAGAGGUGGACUGAUUGAUCCGGCAGCUGAUUAUAAAAGCUUAUUUUUGUAGUUGUUUUAAAAAUAACCAGCAUCAGAUAUGUCUGUGCAUACUAAACCAAUUCAAUAGAUAUAUCCCACAUAGCAGAUGUGGGCCAGGUCUGGCAAUGAUGGCACUGUUUUUAAAAUGGCAUGCCAUAACUGGCCCAGAUGAGGUUUGGUUUAUGUGGACCAGAUCUGUCAAUGCCACGACUGGCAUUGACAGAUCUGGGCCACCAAAGGGCCAUUACUCUUUGCAGUUUCUGGGCCAAGUGAUUAGAAUGUUUAGUGCACUGUGUGGGCCAGAACUGGGCCAGGUAAAUGUUGCUAUGUGGGAUGUGUUUGGUUCGUAACUGUGUCCAUCAACAAAAAUGACAAGUCAUCAUGUCGUGUCAUCCUGCUGUAUAUUAAGAAAUCACUGAGUUGAAGCCAGUUUAGAUAAACCAUUAACCUUUUGAGCUGUUCCAGCUAAUUACGGUUAUCCAUCAUACCGUAAACAUUGGUUGUUUUUUCCAAAAUCAAGCAGAUUGUAAUAGAACCUGUAUGCAUACAAGGUUAAACUUAUAGACCCAAAACAAACAAAUAAAAAUCAGCUUUAUAUAUCAGCGGUCCAGAUUUCUAAAAAUUGGCAUUGCCUUUUGCAAAACCCCAGUCAGUCAACCUCUAUGUAAUGUUUACUAUUUCAGCUUGGCAAAAACAACACCUUAUUGCUGUGAUUAAUUCUGACUGAACAUCUGCGACCAAUAUGGGCUUUUAGGAAGAGGGAGCUUUAAAACACGCAUCUUCACUGUAUGUAUGUCUGUUAGGAAGCAUUAAGUGUGCUUGCAGAUGUGAAUGAGUCUUUACGUUGACAAUGAGGCCAACAUGUUCAAACUAAUGGUUACAAUUUCAAACUUCCAUUACACAACACAACUUUUUGUCUUUAUUUUGUAUUUAUUUUGUCUUUUUUCAUUUUGUUUUGAGCUGUUACAGUGGGAAAACGUGUGCUGAUUUUACAAGUGAAGGAAAUUGUGUUAAUAUUAUUCCCAAACAGGAAGUGCUUUUCGGACAAACUUCACAUUCGACUGAAAUUCAACAACUGAGCUGUUUUGCUGCUCACUCAUUGCCGUUGAGUUCUGGUGUGAUGGAAACAUUUGGUGACGCCUUCGUGGCCCAGCAGUGUCUUGAUGAAAGACAUUUUUUUUCCUGUCUGGAAUGAUGUUUGGGUAAACUGCACUAUACUUGAUAUUUGUUUGCUGCAUUUUGUACAUUUUGGAAUAGUAUUUUUUUGUACGUAAUGUACAAGUUAUGUUUACUAAAAAGUAGGCUCUAUUUUGCAGUUUAUUGUUAAAGAGAUGUUGCGUUGUAUUUCUGUUAUACUUUCUGUUUAUUUAUUUUAAAGAGAUAUAAUAAAAUGCAAUUAGGUAAGUUUUCUUGCUAAA